AUGACAUCCUCCGUGUUCUCGCAGCCAGGAUUCGAUUUCUCCAAUGAAAUAAGAAACAACUUCUUGUCCAACAAAGGUGUACACUUACCCAAGGCGACUAGUACAGGAACUACUAUCGUAGGCUGCCUGUUUAAAGAUGGCAUCGUGCUGGGUGCGGAUACGCGUGCCACAGAGGGUGACAUUGUAGCGGACAAAAACUGCGAGAAGAUCCACUACAUCUCGGAAUCCAUUCGUUGCUGUGGAGCGGGAACUGCUGCUGAUACCGAGUUUACCACGGCACUCAUAUCCUCCAACAUCGAACUACAUGCUUUGACUACCGGGCGCAAGCCACGCGUUGUGACCGCGAUGACGAUGUUAAAGCAGAUGCUCUUCAGAUAUCAAGGCCAGAUCGGUGCAGCGCUUGUUCUCGGGGGAGUGGAUAGCACAGGAGCACAUCUUUUCACCAUUCAUCCGCAUGGUUCAACGGACAAGUUGCCAUACGUGACGAUGGGCUCGGGAAGUCUCGCUGCUAUGGCAGUCUUUGAGAGUGAUUGGAGGCCCGACAUGUCUCGAGACGAAGCAUUAGCCCUCGUCACCGCCGCAGUCUCAGCUGGUAUCUUCAACGAUCUCGGAUCCGGCUCCAAUGUGGACGCCUGCAUCAUCACCAAAGACAACACGGAAAUGCUCAGGAACUACGUCAAACCAAAUGAACGCGUCGAGAAAGAGUUGAGAUAUAUAUUCCGCAGAGGCACGACGGCGUUCAAGAAAGAGUCUAUCAGGAAUCUCAUUGUAAGUGAAGAAGUAAGGCCCAUCGGUGGAGAUGCGAUGGAUACAACAUAA